AUGGAGUUCUUUUACCUCUGUUUCGUGCUCUUGGUCGCGCGCGCUUCGGCGCAGAGCCUGAUGGAAGUUUUGGGGACGAAUCUGGAGCUCACAGAGCUCUAUCACUAUGUCAAUGCCUCGUCCACCUUGACCAACAUGCUGUCGUCGCUCGACAACUUCACCUUCCUCGCCCCGUCCAAUUCGGCCAUCAGUAACUACCUGGAGAGCCAUAAUCUGACGACGAUUGGCGAUGAGGAGAUGGAGGAGCUCAUCCAGUACCACAUCCUGAAUGGUGAAUUCCCAGCCAGGUCAUGGUCGGCCGCGCCGCAAUUUGUGCAUUCGGAACUGAAGAACCCAAUGUAUACAAACGUGACAGCGGGCCAGGCAGUAGAGCUGGUAUCGGACAGUCAGGGCAACCCCCAGAUCUUGUCCUGGAACAAGACUGUCUCCACGAUAGUCACCCAGGAUGUCACUUGUACCGGGGGUGUCAUCCAGAUCAUCUCUGAUGUCCUAACAGUCCCUCUCGAGAUGGGAAUCUUGUUACUGCAGGCCAACUUCAACUUCUUCGUGGCUGGAUUGUACGAGGUUGGAAUCACCAGUGUGUUCAGUUAUGACCCAGUCGGGAGCGACGUAAAUGCGUCGGACGUCACCUUCUUCAUCCCAAAUUCGGCGGAUGCGCUCAACGCCUUUACCGACAUCACGUCGAACAUGUCAAGCAAGGGCGACGUGCUCGAUAUCCUCCGCUACCACAUCGUCACCAACGAUCUGGUCUACAGCACCAUGUUUCAGGAUGGCAUGCAGCUAAAGACUGCCACCGGGGCAAAUAUCACCAUCUCCGAGCAGAACGGCAAUAUCUUCGUCAACCAGGCCAAAAUCAUAACCCCUGAUUUUCUCGUCUCCAAUGGCGUCGUGCAUGUCAUCGAUGGCCUCCUCAACGAUCUCUUCACCACUUCUCCACCCUCAUCCAACUCCAGCUCCAGUGGCACUUCCAACGCCUCCUCUUCUGGGAAGUCAAGCUCCAAAUCGGAAAGACCACAUCGUUAUAAUACAAAUAGCGCAUAUGCGCACCAGAUGACCUUCCCUGGGGAAACAGGGUAA